AAGUCUUUGAAGAACAAAGCUGUCAAGUUAAUUUCUCAAUUCAUUGAGAAAGGUGCCUGUUUCGUCUCCAACAACGAAAUAAUUUCUUCUCUGAAAUUAAUAAUAUUAAGUAACAAUAAUAAUGAUAACUACUAUAAUAAUAAUUGAAGAAUAUUUAUAUAAUAAGGAGAGAUCGCGGGCUAGAGGCUCAAAUUUCCCCAUAAUUAAAAAAGGGCACAGGCAAGUCACAAGAAGAAAGGACAUGGGUUCGGGUUUUCCCUUUUUUUUGGAACGAUUUGAUGUUCUUGGUUUGGUCGGGAUGCUGGGACUUUCCCAUUUACUUUCUACUUUUCAGGGGUCCACCAUAAAUCAUACGCGUUCCUGGUUCCUUUUUUUUCUUCUUUUUUUCUCUCAUUUUUUCUUCAUAUGUUAGAAGACAGGGUUUGCUAGUCCUUUCAUACGUAGAGUCCAGUUUAUGACAUAAUCCUUACCAGCCGUGGACUUGCUUCUAUUCCAAGGGUUCAUUUUUCCCCAACGGCUAAUUCCUAACACAUACAAACGAAUUCUCCCUUACAUUCCAAAUUUCAAAUACCCAGCUCGAAGGGUGGGGUUCUAUGUUUUGACCAAUCAGAAUCUUUGAGAGUCGUGACGAAGAAAAGAUUCCCUCCUCCAGCCCUCGAACCUCUUAGAGAGAAAAGUUUUAGUUUUAUCAGCGACAUCAUGCGAAAGAGAGUAGCCUAAAAACCCUCAAUUUUGCAACCGCGUAUGUAGUGAGUGAUCUCAAAGUAAAAUCAAGAGUGUAACCUAAGUUUCAAAAUAUAAAAUCAUUAUCUUCUCGCCUGCUCGUGUAAACUUACCACUUGUAAAAUAAAUAACAAUUAAAGAAAGGUGUCGGUGUGUAUCACAAGUGAUUCAUCAUCCAAAUAGAAACUAAGAAUUAAAACCCUUAUACAUCUCGAGUGAUAUUAAAUUGUUACCUCGAGUGUAACAAACGUGUGUUGUUACAGUGCCUGCAAGGAAAUUUAUAAUCAGUGAGUAAUAUUAUUGACAGAUUUGUUCAAGAAUUCUAUCGAAACGACUUUUGAUCACAUUAAACGACUAAAAUCACAUCGCGUUGAUAUUUUCAAAAAUUUCCGUCAAAUAUGGGAGACGUGUUUUAGUGAGGAUCCUUCGGCCACGAUUACAACAGAAUGUCCAGAAUGUGGAUUUUCGUCACAUCUCAAUCAUAGUUUAAUUGUAAACAAUAAAGUUAUUGAAAACCAAGGAUUUCGCUUGUAGCCUUGUAAUCGCUAAUGUGUUAAUGAGUUCUGCAGAAAGACUUGCAAUGUUGAAAUUACAUAGGCUGAUCAAGUAUUUGAAGAAUUGGAUGUUCGUCAAGAUUCAACUCACAAAACGGGAUCGAAAUGUUUACUCAGUGAUAUCCCAACAGUGAUUCAACUGAAAAACCGAUCAUGCCGACUGGCUGGUGUAAUCGGCUACGUUUCACAGCACUAUAUUGGUUAUUGCUGUCGUGGGAUCGCCAACUGGGAAACAUGCGAUGAUAUACUGCCAAAAAUUGUUAAGAAAACGCCUCAGUCAACCAAGAUAGAGCCUCAUGGAGUAAUUUAUGUUCACUUGAAUUCUAGCAAAAACAAAACUUCAUCUACGGUGACACCCACUACUAACGAAGUUCUUGAGGAAGAGAGUAACACCAAAAAAAGGCAGAAUUGUCAGAAUGGCAGCCCUGAUAUUUUUCCUCCAGCAAAGAAAAUUCAGGGACAACCAGUACGACUUGAAGACACUGAUAGCGAUUAAGAUCAGAACGGAGAUGUUUACGAUUCAGGGAUGACAAUCUGAAUAGCUGAGGAAAGUUGAGCAGAUUAAAGGCACUAAAGAUUUAGAGUCUAACACUAAAGUGGGAGAACAGAAGUUAUUACCAGAAGCCAGAAGCAAGGAAUUGACCUACGACACUGAUAGUACGUCGCGUGACAAUUGGAGAAAUAAGGAGAAGAAGGAAAUGAUUUUACGUGAUUCUGACGUCUAUAACGCUGACCAUGCUGAUGUCAGCGAUUCGCAGGAAAUUUCCAUGCUUCAAGCGGGGGAACUGGUAGCUGAAAUCGAGAUGGGAGAUGAUCGAAUUAUCCACGUUCUCCAAACGUCCAGUUUCGAUUGUAGUCUAAAUGCAUUGUUUUGUGCCGCAACGAAUGACGCUAAUUACGCGGCGCUCAUUAAGAAUAGACAUAACGUCCCUAUUCUGGAGUUUAUCAUUAAGCAUCUUGAAUAUAGAAAUAUAGAGGAGGCUUACAGAACAAGGGCACUGAUGUUGCAAUCUAUGUGUGACAGUGACAUUUGUAAACUGGAAGAGAACAAUUAUAACAAUGUGCACAUAAGUAAUGUUCCGUGGCGGAAGGGUUUAGUCUGAAACAUUUUUUGUUAGGUUGUCAUGUUGGGAUUUCCCCAUUUUUGUCUGGGUCCACGAUCCCAACUCCCUUUAUGGUUCACUUUCGGACCGGUAAUAAACCGUUCGGAUGUGUUCCUGUCUGUCCAAAAUGGUUCCUUAUCUACCUGACCUCUCAUUGCCCUCAGACCCAUAGACCUCCUCCGUCAAACGUAAUGUCGAACCUUCCCCUUCCUUUUUCCAAUUUUCCUUGCCUUUUUUUUACUCCCCGAAGUUCAGUUCAAUUUUUACAUUCAAUUGGAACAGUACAUUCGAUCUCCGCAUCCUACAAGGACGUGUCAUCAUAUUUCGGUACACCUUAUUUCACAAUCCACUUUUCCUUUCAACAUCCACUGAGUGUUUAGUUUAAUUAUAUGUAAAAAUUUGUGACAAUUUAAAAUAAUAAAUUCUUUCACAUAGUGAAUUGUGUAUUCAACAUCAUUGACUUUUCGCCGUUCCAACAGUUCGGGUGUGAAAUUAUCCACAAGAUUCCCACGUUCGAACAAGUAAUAUACAUGUCCAAGGUACACCCUCACAAAUGUGGGCCAGCACAAUGACUGACGAACCCAGUAUUUGGAAGAAUUUUUAGUGCAAUGUGUGUGGCUGUUACGUUGAGAAGCUACCAGCGAUGAAGGUCAAUGAAAAAAAAGUGUCAAAGUCAUUCACCAAUUUCGAAAAAGCGCUCGAAUUUCACAAUUUACUCAAGAAUGUUAAAUCUCGUCGCCAGCCAUGCCCUGGAUCGUGUGAACUGCUAAAUGUACCAAAUUUCCAUUUGUUCAUUGAAUUUAAGAAGUCACGAAAGUGCUCUCUUCAUCAAUUACCAACAAUAAUUGUGAUUGAACGUACAUUGAGAUUAGCAGGGCUAACAACUCGGAAGGACAAUAAAUAUGUUGUCUAUUGUUUACUAGACGGACAAUGGUCGUUGUAUGAUAACAACUGCACUGUGAUCCAGACACCGUCUACCGUAGACAUUGGACUACUUUGUAUGAUAUACAUACUCGAGUCGUAACGUAUCAGAACGCAAUUGUUCGAAAAUCGCAAUACCAGUCUUCAGAAGACCAGUUGAACCCUUUGCCAAUGUCUGGUUGCUACCGACUCCAUCGGUAACAGGAAUUCGAGAUUUGAUCGACUCCAAAGAGAACCAGCUCCCAGCUGCAUUGGCUUUGUUGCAACAUUUUCUCCAUCUUUCAAAUUCAAUGAAGCCAAGUGUGAUACGCAGGAAAGAUGUACCAGUUGAAUAAAUGUUUUUACGCUAAUUUUAAUUUUUUUUCAGGUGGAAACUUCUUGUGGCGCGUUGGGCACUUUUUUGGGUGAGCAUUUUCUGGUGAACUCGCGACAGACGAGAUUUUACAGUGAUGCCAGAUACGGGACCCACACGUCUCCCACUGCCCCACUCCGCGUACCACUGCACUCUAGCUGUAGCAGCAGUUGCGCGAGGACCUUGCGCAUGAAACCCCCACGCGUGGAAUUUUUGCCCCCGUCUGGCAUUUUAUUUAAAUAUUUCUUUUAACUUGUGUUGCUGCUAUGGUAUUAAAAAAAAAACAAAUCUAAAGGGUUAAUAGAAUUAAUAAAAACAUUGUUGUAGUGCUUUUGUAUACUAUAGUGUUACUAUAUUUUGUAUACAUUAUUACGACUGCUACGUACAUAAAUAAAUGCAACACGUUAUUAAAUAAAAUUAUCUAAAAAAUGAGAAACACGUGGGGUAUAUACAGGGUGUCCCAGAAUUGCACGUCCAAACUUUAAACUUAAGUUGGGGGUGAAAUUCUGGAUCGAAAAGUCCUGAGCGACUUUUUGAUCAGAUGCACCCUCUUCAAGUUAUUGAGGGUUGAAGUUGGACGAAUCAGGGCGUGGAAUACCCAGUCGCACGUCGGUGAGAAAAACAUGCGAGUGUAGUGGUGUCCCCACCAUACCGUACUACUCCCCUGCCGCGGCAGAAAGAGACGACUGGUGGCGGAGGGUAAGAGGAAGGGGAGGGAAAUAAAAAAAAUGAACACCCGCCCGCUACAUAAUAGUAGAUUAUGACAUGAGGACGAUAGGUGGAGGAUUGUGAGAAGUGUGAAGUUUGCAGCACGAGGCGUGACAAGUCGCAGUCGAGGCGAGCCGGAGGCUUCGCCCCCCCCCCCCAGCGAAAAACAGAAAUAGACUUAAUUAAAAAAAAAUUAUUCUUUAGAAAAAUACAUAAACAAUAUCAACUAAAGAAAACGAAUCUUAACGUUUUACUUAGGUUCUAUUGUCCAUGGUUGUGUUCAUCGAAAGAAGAAAUCAUACGAUUGCAAAAUUGAUUCACCAAAAAACAUUUUAUAAUUUGUAUCAAUUUAAUUUUAUAAAAUUUUAUAAUAUUAAAGCAUUAUUAAUCUUUUAGUAUUUCGAUUACAUAUUUCGACACCAGUCAUCUCUUUCUGCCGCCGCAAGGGAGUAGUACGGUAUGGUGGGGACACCACUACACUCGCAUGUUUUUCUCACCGACGUGCGACUGGGUAUUCCACGCCCCUGAUUCGUCCAACUUCAACCCUCAAUAACUUGAAGAGGGUGCAUCUGAUCAAAAAGUCGCUCAGGACUUUUCGAUCCAGAAUUUCACCCCCAACUUAAGUUUAACGUUUGGACGUGCAAUUCUGGGACACCCUGUAUAUGUUUACAAUAGUGUACAAUAUUAUUAGUAUAAGCAUAGGUAUAUAUCAGCUGUCUCUUUCUUCGGCUAGGGAGACAACUUCCUGUUUUACCAACGGUUACAUUACAAGUGUCGCGUAGAUCGCUAUUUCUCAUAUAGGGUCCCUAUGACUUCCAUUUUAUUACUAGGCCUUGCUUUUCCGUUCAAAUAUUGUACUCAAUAAUUUAAACUUUUGAUAAAACCGAUAAUGUAAACUUUUAAGGAAACCUUUGUAUUAUUUUAAAUACUUUUAAAGAUAAAGGAACGCAGCCUCUUGAAAUGGUUAGUUUCAGAAACUUGUGAGCGGAAACAAGUAAUAAAUCUUAAAAUUUAUUGACGUAGUGCAAGCCUCUAAAAUAAAACAUUCUUUGUAUAAUUUUUUGUAAUAGUUUUGAAAUGUAAUUCGAGUCCCACAUCAAACCGUGCAAGUCGUAAAACCUUUUCCCGAAGACAGACUAAUUUCUCCGAGAGAAACUCAAGUAUUUUCUUUCUUUCUUCAAAAGCUACAUGUGAGGGCCUUUUGUUAAAAUCAUGUAUCCCCGGAGACAAAGCUGAGUAAGCCCAGAGGAUCGUGGGGGUGUAGAGCCAACCCCCUAACUGAGCUCAAGGCCGCGAUUGGUCCCCUACUCCUAUUUGUGGAACAGGCCCUUCGUCCUGACUCCUAAGCUAAAAUUUAAGAAUAAUUGUAAGAGAGUUCGACUUCAGACGCCAAAAGAUUAAGUUAAGGCUCGAACUUAUUAAUAAAACCUUGAAAAUCUGAUCUGACUAAAUUUUGUGUCUGUGUUUGAUUAUUUAAUUUAAAAUUCCCGCACUUGGAAGCAGAGUGGUUUAGCACUCCACGGGCA